AAUCUGGUUUACACGUUUUGUGCCCAGCAGCAGCCGCAGCAGCCUUCUCCGCCCGAAUUGCAAUCCAAGCUGCUUAGGGUGAGGAUCCACCCUACAAUUCAGCUGGCUUGUGAUUUGCAUUAUGUUGAUGUAUACUCUGCCUUUGCUGUAAUCAUUGAUGAAAAGCCACUUGUCUUGCUAAUGAUAUUGUAAUAACUUCAUACUUCAUACUCAACAUAGAUUUUCAAGAUGUAUUCUUCAAUGAAGAAGAUCCAAAAGGACAAGGAUGUUGAACCCACCGAAUUUGAGCAGAGUGUUGCUCAGGCAUUGUUUGAUUUGGAGAACACACACCAAGAGCUCAAGAGUGACUUGAAGGACUUGUACAUCAACUCCGCAAAUCAAAUUGACGUAUCUGGAAACCGAAAGGCUGUUGUGGUUCAUGUUCCAUAUAGGUUGAGAAAACCUUUCCGUAAGAUCCAUACUAAGCUUGUUAGAGAGCUUGAGAAGAAGUUCAGUGGGAAGGAUGUGGUUUUCAUUGCCACCAGACGCAUUGUCAGGCCCCCAAAGAAAGGUUCCGCAGUUCAGAGACCCCGGUCCCGCACCCUUACUUCUGUCCAUGAUGCUAUGCUUGAGGACGUGGUUCACCCUGCAGAGAUUGUUGGCAAGCGUGUUCGAUACAGACUUGAUGGUUCCAAAAUCAUUAAGGUCUACUUGGACCCAAAGGCUCGGAAUGACACCGAGUACAAGCUGGAGACAUUCAGCGGUGUCUACAGGAAGCUUUCCGGUAAAGAUGUUGUGUUUGAGUACCCCAUGACUGAAGCUUGAGCAAUGUUAACUGCUAUAGCUAGCUAGUCUUUGCUUUCGAAUUGGUUUAUGUUUAAAAAUUGCAAAUUUUAGUUAUUUUCGCCUUCUUAAAUUUUGACUUAUCACAGUCUUUUUUUUUUUAAAACAUUAUAUGGGUUAAUUAUCUUCUUUACAUUGCA